GUUACCCUACCGUGGCUUAUGUAAGCACCUGGCGGCCCGCGCAGGGAGAAAAGCGCUGCAGCAAAAUUGACGAGGUUUCCUCCCCCCAAAGGCCCCCCUCGCCAACCAGGGGGACACAGUAGAAUCACCACAAGUGAGAAAGGGCUCGCUAGAGGAACGCAAUUGAGUGCAUUUUGGAGAGUGCGAGAGCGUGAGAGCGAACAGUUGAAAGAGCGAACGGGUUUUAUACAGGAUGUCCGGGUCUGUUGCACAUUAUCUACUGCUGUCUCUGCCAUCGAAGAGUGCACCUGAGUCCUAUCCUUCACAGUCUGUUGAGGAAUGGUUGGAGAGGAGUUUGAUUGGCGGGAAGGCUGUUGUGAACAAGAUUGAGAUUCCAAGCUUCAAGAUCGGUACUUUGGACUCGUUGGUGCUGCAGAGUGAGGAGCUGCAGAAGAUUGACGAACAGCUGGGCCAUGCCGUGACCAAAGUGCUGGAGGUUCUGACUAGUCUGUACGACAACAACCAGCCGCUUGUCAAUGCCUCGAAGAAGGUGGAUGACAAGUGGGUUUCCGAUUACGUCGAGCACUUCAAAUGGAAGAGCUCGAAGUUUAGAGUGGACAAGUCGCUGAAGGAGCUGAUCUCCGCCAUAUCAGAAGAGGCGUUCCAACUGGAUACGGACGUUAGAAACGCAUACGCAAACUACACAACAGCCAAGUCCAACCUCGCCGCUGCCGAGAGGAAACAAACCGGUGACUUAUCAGUGAGAUCGCUCCACGACAUCGUGUCACCUUCUGAUUUCGUGCUCGACUCUGAACAUCUGCAGACUCUGCUAGUUGCCGUGCCAAAGAACUUACACUCUGAGUUUCUAAACACGUACGAGACGUUGACACCAAUGGUUGUUCCAAGAAGUGCGAAGCUCAUCAAGGAGGACUCUGAGUUCCAACUGUACAGCGUUAUCCUGUUUAAGAAGUACAUUGCCGACUACACACAGGCGUUGCGUGAGGCCAAGUUCGUUCCUAGGGACUUUGUCUACUCUGAAGAGCUGCUGAACGAGAUGAGAAAGGAGCACGAGGUUGCAGCACAGACCGAGAACAGAUUGAAAGGAGAGCUGAUUAGACUAGCCAGAGCUGCGUAUUCCGAUAUCACUUCCAAUUGGUUCCACUUGAAGUCCAUCAGGGUCUUUGUUGAAUCGGUAUUGAGAUACGGGCUGCCACCAGACUUUGUCACAAGCAUCAUCAAGAUCCCUAAUCUCAAGGCUGUUGACCAGGCAAAGAAGGAGCUGGUCCAUGAGUUUGGGUACCUCGGUGGGAAUGCAUUCAGUGUGGAUAAGAAGGGUAAGGUGCAAAAGGACAACUCAUUGAAUGAGUACUCCAACCUUGUUGACACAGAGUACGAACCUUUUGUUGUGUAUGAUGUUGAGAUCAAAUAGAGCCCGUUAUAACAGUAUGACCGUGGUGAUGGUUAUAUCAAUGUUGUAACGUUAUAAUAUAAUUGUUAUAACUUUAUAAUAUAAUUGUUAUAAUUGUGAUAAUUG